AUGAAGUUUGUUUCGACUCUCCUAUUCCCCCUCUCCUAUGGUGUCCUUGCUCUUCAGAGUGCUCUUCGACAUGCGGAUCCUCAGCUUGUUCACCUUACGUUCUAUGGUGGUCUUGAUUCUUACUUUAUGACUUUCCGUGCUGAUGGCAGUACUCGCAAGACUGAUCAUGAUCUCAGUGUCGAUUUCAUCGACAACUCAGACUACAAUGCGCUUGAACAAUGCUUCUUCGCCAUCGAAGGCCAAGCGAAGUUGACCCCCAAGGUCAGUACCAAAGAUGGCUCCCAGCACAUCCUCGUCAACCCCUCUCGAGUGAUCACUGCUGUCAGGCAGUUGUGUUCCUACAUACGCAAUGGGCCCGUCAAGCCUGAACCUGAGCACAACUCAAUCUUGGACUCUCUCCCUAACACUCCCAUGAAGCGAGAGCAACCCGGCUUCGAGUACGAGCAAAAGAUGGACAUGAACAUGGCACAUCGCGGAUCAAUAGGCUUGUCAAUACCAUCAAACUCUUUUGGCAUGUACUCGUACUCUCCUGAUGCUUCAAUGGGCCCCGCCUCCCUGAUGACGACACCACCGCAGAGCAUCUCUGGCUCUGAGGCUGCCUAG